GCGAAUACUGAUGUCAUUGUCACAGAAAGCAUUACGAAGGUGUAUGCGGAAAAUGACGUGCCCGUCGAAGCCCUUCGAGGAGUCGAUUUAACGAUUCAGUCAGGAGAGUUCACGGCGUUGGUGGGACCGUCGGGAUCGGGGAAAACUACGCUUCUCAACAUCAUUUCCGGGUUAGAUGCACCAACAGAUGGGAAGGUCUGGCUGUCGGGCAAGCUGCUGUCGGGCAUGAGCGGUAAUGAACUGUCCGAUUUUCGCCGGGACAACAUCGGCUUCAUCUUUCAGGCGUACAACCUCAUUCCCGUGCUGACGGUGGAAGAGAACGUGGAGUAUAUUAUGCUCUUGCAACGGGUGUCCAAGGCGGAACGGCAUAGACGCGUUGCUGCGAUGCUUGAGGAGGUUGGGCUGGCGGGUUUUGCGGAACGAAAUCCACCACAGCUCUCAGGCGGGCAGCAACAACGUGUCGCGAUUGCACGGGCGAUGGUCUCCGAACCUACGAUUAUCCUUGCGGAUGAACCGACUGCAAACCUCGAUUCGAGAACAGGUGCAGACCUGCUCGAUAUGAUGAGUCACCUCAACGCGCAGACAAACAUGACGUUCGUAUUUUCAACCCAUGACCCAAUGGUGAUGGAGAGAGCGAGACGUUUGAUAACGCUGAAGGACGGACAAAUUGAAAGUGAUGUGGUGAAAUAA